AUGACUGUUCAUUUACCAAAAACAAUACCCGAUACAACGUAUUUGUAUGGUUACAUGCUCUUGAUCGCUACAUUCAUUAUGUUUACAUCGACACUUUAUUCUAUUGUCGCAAGUAAAUAUAUGCCAGAUACCCAUAUAAAGAUUUUAGAUUGGAUCAAAUAUGAUGAUUAUUAUUGUUUGCUAAUUCCCAUCACGGCUAUUGUUUGGAUCUAUUGGGUUUUGUGGAAUUGGAUGGGCAUGAAGUUUUUCAGACACAACUAG